AUGAGUUUCACUCGCCCCAGGCAAUGCAUGAUUUCUUGGUUCAGUCAAUCAACUAUUCAAGGUGGUCUAUUGGUUCUCCCCCAAGGCUUCUCUAACGUUGGCAGCAAUGGCCAGAUACAGUGUCCAUCAGUCAGCCACCGCUCCAGGAUUACCAAGGCCCGCCUCUCCUCGCAUUUCUUAACCCAGCAGAUUGCCUGA